AUGGUUUAUACUCUCGUUAUUCGCCGUUCAGUCCUCUCGGCUGCCGCAGCCCGCGGUGCAAUUCGGCCACUCUCCACAACUCGAUUCCUGCGCCAGAGUGGCGACGACAAGCCCAUGCCCUUCUCAGACUCCCCGGCUCCCCCGCGUCUCCCGAAGGAGGAACAGGAGAUCUUUGAACAGCUCCAGAAACGUUCGACUGGCGCAUUCAGCACACCUCAGGUCAACCAGUCUCCACAGACCGAGAUUCAGGCGGACGGCAGAGGUGGCGAGCUUCACCCCGAUGCGCCAAAGGGACUGCAGCCUGAGUUUGAGGGCGAGAAGAACCCGAAGACUGGCGAAAUUGGCGGACCCAAGAAUGAGCCUCUACGGUGGGGCGCAGCUGGUGAUUGGAGCUAUGGUGGUCGCUGCACUGAUUUCUGA